AUGAAAGUUGCAAUCAUUGGCGCUGGAGCAAGCGGCCUAACCUGCAUAAAAUCUUGCAAAGAUGAAGGUUUGGAGCCAGUGUGCUUUGAACAAGAGGAUUCCAUUGGGGGACUGUGGUAUUUUACAGAAGAAGAGCGCCAUAGCUCUGUUUACAGAUCAACUGUAAUCAACACCAGCAAAGAGAUGAUGUGCUUUUCAGAUUUUCCAAUACCUAAGGAGUAUCCUCCGUAUAUGCGCCAUGAUAAAAUCAUACAAUACUUCCAUCUUUACGCUGACGCGUUUGAUCUCUACAAGCACAUUCGAUUCCGUACGAAAGUAGUUGAUCUUAGAAAAACCUUUGAUUUUGAAGAGAGCGGAAAAUGGGAGAUUGUCUUUCAAGAACUCAACGGGAAGUCCGGGAAGGAUUCUGGAGAAGACAAAGUAGAAGUUUAUGAUGCGGUGAUGUUAUGUGUCGGGCAUCAUUCAGAACCUUCGUGGCCAAAUCCUAAGUUUCGGGGCCAGGACGAGUUUGCUGGCAUAAAGAUUCACAGUCAUUCCUACAAGGAUUUUAAACCCUUCGAAAACAAAAAGGUCCUGGUGUUGGGUACGUCAAACAGACAUUCAGAUAGCAUUUAUUUUAGCGAAAUAAAAAAAAUAAGGCCUGGUUUUCGUAAAGGAGAUUGGUCCGGAUUUAUAAAUGUUCUGGAUGUAUAACAAUAAAAUUUUUAGAUUAUUCAAAUCGCUAGGCGUUUAUACUGGCCGGGGGGACACUCAAGGAAAGUUUGGGUAGUGAUGUGCUUACGAGGCCUUCAAACCCUGACCCAAUUAAUGGGGAAGUGCUCUCCCUCCCCUGGCAUUUAAACACAUCGUAAAUUCAAUAAAAUUCAUUCAGAUACAAAGUAUGAACUGUAGAUCUGAGGCCCGUCUCAAAAGUCCCGAUGAUGAAAGGGCCCAUGAAGCUAUUGUUGUUUACGUGCAAGAUAGAAGUUUCAACAGUUUUGCAUCUAACAUGAUAAAACUAUCAGUUAAUAUCAAUUAAUAAAACAAAAUGGAGUGUUUUACUAGCCAGGAUCUGUGCUCUUAUUCUUUUUAUUUUGAUUUGGAUAUUUGAUUUCGGGCCCAAAAAAUUAUCAGGACCUUGGAGAAACGUGCCCCAGGAGUCAAAAUCCCUGGAUAUGCAACCAAACUGGGAUGGUUUUUUUUAAUUUUGGAUUUAUCUCUGUGGGAAAAUGACAAAACAAAUCAGGUACAAAAAUGUUCCAGAUACAUUGUGAAUGCAGAAAAAUCUCCUCCUGUGUAAACGUGGCCUAAAGACCUGUAGCUUGUCGAGUCUUGGCUCUACAGCUCGUGGAGUGACUAGUACUUAUGUAUUUUUUCACAAAUGAAUGUAAGUGCAAAUUGCCUUGUGCAAAAUAUAAUGUAAAUCACCUGAUAAGGCACCCUGUGAGCAAAGACUCCUUUUGAUUCUUGAGUUAGGAGGAGAAAAGGAGGAUCUCCCUGAAUCACAUAAAGCUUUUGAAGUCACAGAAGUCUGAUGUUCUGGACGAGUCAAUGUUGUUCUGAGUGCACACAUCCAUUCAUAAUUUUGAUAAAGCGAUGGUCAUAUUUGAACCCUCUGUACCAAGUGCACAACCAUUAGAUUUGGGUUUGAAACUGUAUCCCAGCAUCAAGCAGCACACACUCAAAAAGAUCAUACUCAAUCUUACUGAAUUUUUAAUUUCUUGCCUACUCUCCAAGUUCCCAUAAGCACAUUAAAAGGGGUAGUUCGCUUUCAAUAGGACACCUGUGUGUAAAAUAGCAUGUUACUUUGUGUAUAUACAGGGUGGCAAAGGGGUUUUCUGUGACGCAUGAUGGGACCCAAAUUAUCAGCAUUAUGCAUAAGCAGGCGCAAAUUAGACACGUGAGGCGUGGUUGGGCAUAGCGUAAUACGUGAUUUACUAUUUUCACAAUGUGUGAUGCGUGAUUUUCCUUUGAAAUUUCCAUGAUGGUUAAUAUCAUUUGAAACUAGAAGCAGAGACAUUAACAACAGAUAAUUAUGACACCAACUUGUUGCACUUUUUUCUCGUUCCUUGACCUCCAGUUUCCUUGGAAUAGAAUACUUGUUAAUGUAGUUAAUGUUUUAUUUUAUUAUAUAAACACCAAUGAAAUACCAGGUGGGCUUUUGCGCGAAAACAUGAUACCUUCACACGUGAAAAUAACAUCUUAUCUUCACAUGUGAAAAGAUCACCGUUGCUAUGGCUGCAUAAUAAAUUGCACCUUUCACAGCCAAAAGCUAUUGAAGUGAAAUGGUUUGGUAUUUCAUUGGUGUUUAUGUAAUAAAAAAUAGAACAUUACAUGUCGCUUGGAGAUACAAAAUUUCUCUUCUCUAGUUGAAAAGUACUAUUCACCACUCAAAGAGAAAUUUAUUUAUCGCUGCACGGCCAUGUAAUAUCCUCUAUUUACUUUUCUGUGGUGCGUGAUAGCUUAAAAAUAAAUCAGCAUGAUGCAUGAUAGGUUUACCCCCCACCCAUUUGCUGCCCUGUAUAUAGCUAACAAUUUUUAUGUGAAUAUUAAUCAAAUAAUUUGAUUGAUAUUCACAGACAGGCCUUUCUAUACAAAUUUAUAUUUUGAGUGUUUGGCAUUUCCACCAGUCAGUCAUUUUUUCCAUCAAAAUGCAUAAAUCAUUCCAGAGGAGAAAGCACAAGCUUAUCAACUGAGAAAUAAACCAGUCAGUUAUCUUGACCAGUGAGAGCUUGUCUUGGGGGUUAACAAAGGGUUGCAUGUCCUGCAUUAUAUAAAUCAUUUUACAUACCAUUGUAAUAUGAUUAAUACACUGUUAUUAUUGUUUUUUGGUGCAGGUAUAGGAAACUCUGGAGGAGACAUUGCUGUGGAACUUAGUCGCCAUUCUUCACAAGUCUUCCUUAGCACUCGCAGGGGUGCAUGGGUGCUUUCCCGCCUUGGGAAAGGUGGUGAGCCCGCAGACCAACAAGCAGGGAGACGAUUUAUAUGGUAUUUACCUAGAAAAUUACUUGGUUACCUUUUUCACAAGGUGGUAAAUGAAAGAUUUGAUCAUGAAGCAUUUGCAUUGCGCCCUCAACAUCCUAUUACUGCUCAGCAUCCUAUGGUUAAUGAUGACCUUCCCCAUCGCAUCAUCACAGGAAGUGUGGUUGUUAAGCCUAACGUGAGCCACUUCACUAAGGCAGGAGUUGUUUUUGAUGACGGUUCUGAAGUGAAUGACUUGGAUGUAGUGAUCUUUUGCACAGGAUACAAGAUAGGAUUCAAGUUUAUAGAUCAUUCCAUUUUGCCGGUAAAUGAUAACAUGGUUGAAUUAUACAAAUAUGUAUUUCCACCAAACCUGGCAAAACCAACUCUUGCUGUUCUUGGUUGCAUUCAGCCCCUCGGAGCUAUUUUUCCUAUAUCAGAGUUGCAAGCACGCUGGGCAACGCAAGUCUUCAUUGGAAAGAAAUCACUCCCCACGAAGGUUGCUAUGAUGGAAAACAUAAAAAAGAAAAAAGAAGAUAUAGCAAAGCGAUACUAUGCUACUAAGCGUCACACCAUACAGGUGAGAUGCCAUAAUAAUUAUAGAACCUCAAAAUUUGUAAGAAGAAAAGUACCCUCAGUAACAUGUUCUAACGUUCUACAAUAUUUAUCAACUCUAAAAAACAUUUUUCACAUCUGAUAUGCUGCCAGUGUUCUUCCAAGGUAUUUUAAGGCUAAGUGGGCCACCUUGCUUAAUUCGCUGGAAAUUAAAACACUGCCACUUGGCUUAGAAACCGAAGAUUUAACUCAACAAAAUGAAGCUUAAGUUGACAUCUAGAACUAGUUAUUUCAAAGAAGAAAUCACCCAAUAUAAAAGUUGAUGACACAUCGUCUGGUGUUUCUAUCAGAGUGUUUUCUCACAAUUAAUUGAUUAUAAAAUAUAAUUUACUGUUGGAUGAAUAUUUUCAAACUUGUGAUGCAUUGGUUUCAAUGAACACAAACGGCAGCCAUCAUAAAGGGCCAUUCAAGAAGCUUAGAUGGAGUACAUAAAUGAAAUUCUUGCAAUCACCUUUUAGGUAGUUCAAAAUCAGGAACUCUGUCAAUCAAAGAUGCAUGGAACAUAAAUGAAAAACUUGUCAAAGCAAACUGAGUUCUUUUUUCUCUGGAAAAAGGACAGAAAAGUGAUGGAAAUCUGGUGGAAGAAAUUCAGAGACGUAUAUUGACACCAGAUCUCCCAAAAUCAAUUAUUCCAAACAGCAAAAAUCAGGUUUUGAUCCAGCAUGAGUUUGUUUCCAAGUUUUUCUUAAUUUUUACUCAGACAAGAGAACAGGCUUCAUACAAACACUGUUGAAAAUCAUAUGAGAAAUACCCUCUAACAUCCUGCACAGACAUAAUUUUUGUAGGGCUUUGUCACAUGUUAAUACCCCCUGUAGGCCUUCCUUAAAUCCUAGUGAGAACAUUGGCUGCUGACCUGGGGGAGAUUGUUCGAAUCUGAUGGGUUUAACUAACCUCAAGUAUGUUAGGCCUAACCAGAGAUUAAAUUUCUUAAGCACAGAUUUGUUAACUUUAGGUUAAACUUGCAUUGUCUGAAGCACAGUUAGUAUUAGAGGGCUGGUUAAUAGUUAACCUUGGGUUUACUGCGACUGACUUGCAGUUUGCAUCCCAUAGUACCUUAUUACAUGACAUUUUGGCAAAACAUUAAUUUAGCAAUUUUGAAAAAUCCUCAAUAUUUAGUGGCCCUUUAACUUAGUGAUUUUUUAAUAAUAUUUUGGAAUGUAAGUGACUUAAUUUUCACGAUUUCACAAACUGAAACUUUGGCGUAUUAAGGUAUUCAAAACUUUUAUGACAACAACAGAACAUUUAUGUGAUGAAAUCAAACAUCAACAGCUUCAUUUUAAUCAAAAUUAUACCACAUUCUGAAACUUAAUUGAACAAAACAAACAAAACUGUAACUACUGUAAUGUCAUAUCUCAGAUUUAAGGUACACAGAGUCAAUUAUACAGGUCAUAAUCAACCACCAAAUAGCAUAUGUGUAUCAAAUUGAUCAGAUCGCAGAAUUUCAUAUUGUGCUCAUUUUAAUUUAGUGACGAUUUAAAUUUAACAACACUUAAUUGUGAAAGGUUUGAACCCAGGAGUCAUUUCAAAAGGUUGAGUUUGAUCGUGCGGGUGAACGUAGUCCUGAAUAGGACUGUUGUUGUUGACAGUGACUGACGUUUCGACAACCUGUGCGGUAGUCAUCUUCAGAGUCAAAGUGAGUUGUAUCACGUCAGUUGAUGGUAUUAUACUCUGGUUAUUGAUCUGAUUGGUCAAUUAUGUCACGAUGUUAUUGGUCGUCUGUCAGUUAAGCCAUGAUGUUAUUGGCUAUGAAGACUCGUAAUCAGUGACUGGUGCGUUUCGAUCCGUCUAUUGUCACAGUUAAACAGUCGACUAUUGUUAGUCAAAUUGUCAGUUCUCCAGUUGUUCUCUCAUAGUUAGUUUUGUUUGAUCUCGUCAAUAAGUCCUUUGUACGGCGCUGGUAACUGUUGGUAACUGUUGGCUACGAUUCAGUGAAUCGUAGCCAACAGUUACCAGCGCCGUACAAACGACUUAUUGACGAGAUCAAGCAAAACUAACUACGAGAGAACAACUCGGUGGGCAAAAAAAUACGCAAACCCAGAAAACAUAUAUAUGUAGCCUCAGAUAUUGCUCUUGACCAAGAAAGUCAAAGAAAAAUUGCCCAUUGCGCUAUAAAAGUAUGUUAACAAACAGUGUGACAAGCCAAAGGAAAAAAGUGUUGUCACAAAUAACACCAAAACCAUGCUGUAGGCCUGGAGAAGAAAGCAGUGGUGAAAGUCUGAGAGAAAAGGCAGAAUCGAUCUUCCUUCUUGUGCACAGUUUAUAUAAUUCACAAACUUUCAAAAAGAAACAAAGAGAACUGGUGGGCUUUAAGGUCUUCAUCUGUAAAAUUUUCAAUGUCUAUCUUGUAUCACUUAGGUUGACUACAUUCCAUACUGUGAUGAAAUAGCCAGUGAGGUUGGUUGUAAACCAGACUUGUGCAGGCUCUUUUUCAGUGACCCAGUCUUGGCCCUAAGGUGCUUUUUUGGACCCUGUACACCAGCACAGUAUCGUCUUAUGGGACCUGGUACAUGGGUGGGUGCAAAAAAGGCCAUUGAAGAUGCUCCUGGAAAUGUGAUUUAUGCAACAAAGACCCGCACUUCACCAACUGAGAAGAAAAUGAAAUCCACAGACUGA